AGUAAAUUUCGGAGAAUGACCAUCCAGACGUUCAUUGAAAAGGAAAGCGGAUCAACGUUGAAUUUGUUUUGGUGUCGGGCGAGAUCGAUCGACCACUCCCUACAUUUUGAUUACUGAAAUCUGAAAUUCAGAAGGAUUCCAUUACCGGGCUCCAUCAUCCAUUAAUAACUUAAGUUCAAGUCUGUCUUGAAUUCAUCCAAGAAGGGAAGAUAAUUAUCUCCUUGAAUCAACAAGUACUUUGCGGCAGCUUUCCCAGAUUUCGCGAGUUUUACGGCUAACUGUUGUCCAGAAUACGGGAGAGCCUAGGCCUUGGCCGCGGACAUAAUUGAGCCACGUUGAAUUUCUACGAGUAGAGGGUGUCGAUGGUCAAGCAGCAACCAAGGAAUCCGGGCCAAGAAAUUACCAGCAUCAGCAUGGAUCCAUUAUCAACGUUGAGACGAAGGGCGUGGCUGCACGACCCCAAGAUAUCAAUCGUCCUACUUCUUGUCUGCCUCAAGAUAUCACAAGUACAUUCUUCUGCUACGUUCUCUCUGAAGCUUGUCAGUUAUUCUAACGCUGCAAAUCGUGAGUUGGAUGGUGACUGUUGCGAUACAGUAUGGAUUUGCCGUAUUGAUAAGUGUGAUCCAAGAUUUAACCUAUGUUUUCAUCGAAUUGGCGGUUCCAACAGCAUGACGGCGUGUGAUCACGGACGAAUACAGACUGGACUUGUUAGAGAUAACGGACAAUCGUUCACAUUUCCAGCAGUUCUCCCACCAAACAUUGCAAAUCCAAUACGCCGUCAGAUUCCAACUUGGACGGGUGGAAUUCGAGUAAAGAUAGAAAUCUGGGAUGUGGAUCCGAAUGCAGAUGAUAAGAUUGAUUUCUAUGCUAGCAAUAUCAACCUAGCUGCAGCACGUAACGAGGCAUCUGCAACAGCAAGCCGAUACACACUAAGAAGUAACAAGGGUUAUUCCGCGACCAUCAUAGAAGCUAAAGUUUUCUGCGACCCACAUUACUACGGAAGUAACUGCAGAACCUUUUGCCAACCCACCAACUCAGAUAGAGGACAUUAUUCCUGCAGUCCACAGGGACACAAAAUAUGUCAUCCGGGAUACACAGGAUACAAUUGCAUCAUGGAGAUCGAUGAGUGCGCAUCAAGGCCGUGUCAGCAUGAUGGAGCAUGCACGGACAUUUUGAAUGGCUAUACAUGCGACUGUAUAGAUGGCAUAUCAGGCUUAAAUUGUGAGAUCGACAUCGAUGAGUGCUCGAGUUCACCAUGUCUCAAUGGCGGGUCCUGUGAACAUUCAAUUGGCAACUAUUCCUGCUCCUGUUCUGCGGGAUUUACUGGACGAAAUUGCGAGACAAACGCCAAUGAAUGCUCUUCAAACCCUUGUGCUAACGGUGGUAGUUGCCAGGAUGAACUGAACGGGUUUAACUGUGUAUGCGCUGGUGGUUUUCAAGGAACAACCUGCGAGACGAACAUAAACGAAUGUUCUAGUUACCCAUGCAGUUCGGACCAUAUAUGCCUAGAUGGAGUCGAUGGCUAUACGUGUGAAUGUUCGGCUGGGUAUGAAGGAAUCCAUUGCGAAGUCGAGAUUGACGAAUGUGGCAGUGGACCUUGCUUGAAUAACGGUUCAUGCAUUGAUGCUGUGAAUAGCUACACCUGCAUGUGUGUUAACGGGUAUAAUGGAUCAGUUUGUGAGAUUGAUGUCGAUGAAUGUGAGAGCAUUCCUUGUCAGAACAAUGGAACCUGUUCCGAUUCUAUCGGUAGCUAUGACUGUAGUUGUCCACCGGGUUUUACGGGUACCAACUGUGAAAUUGAUAUUGAUGAAUGUAGCAGUAAUCCCUGCAACUUGGACCAUACUUGCAUUGACGAAAUUGAUGGAUACACAUGUCAAUGCAGUCCUGGUUUUACAGGAAAACAUUGUGAGCUUGACGUUGAUGAAUGUCAAAGUAUGCCUUGCGACAAUAAUGCCACUUGCAUUGAUGGUGUUAACGCGUUUCAGUGCCAAUGUAUGCCUGGAUUUGAAGGUCCCUUAUGCAAUAUUAACACAAAUGAAUGUUUAAGUAAUCCAUGCCAGAAUGAUCAUACUUGUAUCGAUGGAGAUAAUGGUUACACUUGUCAUUGUAUGGCAGGAUUUACUGGUACUCACUGUGAAAUCAACAUUGAUGAAUGUACAAGUGGACCAUGCCUAAAUAAUGGAUCAUGUGAGGAUCUCGUCAACAACUUUACUUGCCAUUGCGCAUCAGGUUACGACGGUGUAUUUUGUGCAGACAACAUAGACGAAUGUUCGAGCAACCCGUGUUUUAACAAUGGAACAUGCGAGGAUGUUAUCGCGGGUUACAUAUGCCAUUGUUCUAAUGGAUUUAAUGGUGAAUUCUGUCAGCAUGACAUAGACGAAUGUCAAAGCGAGCCUUGCUUAAAUCAAGGUUCUUGUGCUGAUGAUGUCAACAGCUAUAGUUGCUCAUGUAAAGUUGGGUUUACGGGUGUUGUGUGUGAAGAAAACAUAGACGACUGUCUGGCUUCUUUGUGUUUGAACAACGGAACGUGUAUCGAUGGAAUAGACUCCUUUACCUGUAGUUGCCCUCCAGGAUUUAAUGGAACUUUGUGUGAAACCAAUGUGGACGAAUGCGAGAGUCGACCAUGCUACAACAACGGGAGUUGUAUGGAUGGUGUGAACAGUUUCCAAUGCGACUGCGAGCCAGGAUACGGUGGUGAUCUCUGUCAGACGGAUAUCAAUGAAUGCAGCAGUAAUCCAUGUCUAAACGGUGCCUAUUGCAUUGAUGAUAUUGAUGGAUUUACAUGUUCCUGUCCUGAUGGUUACUAUGGAUUGACUUGCGAAGUUGACCAUGAUGAAUGUGCCAGUGCACCCUGUCUUCAUGGUGGCACUUGUAUUGAUAUCGUCGAUGGAUUUUAUUGUCGGUGUACACGGGGUUUCGGAGGAAGGGUCUGUGAGGAGGACCUUGAUGAAUGCAGCAGCUCACCCUGCAUGAACAACGGGAUAUGCGAGGAUAUGGUUGCAGGUUUCACAUGUCAUUGUCCAGAAGGUUUUGAAGGGGACUUCUGUGAAGUUGACAUCGACGAAUGUGCAAGUAUUCCUUGUUUCAACAAUGCGACCUGCGUCGAUGGAAACUCGUCUUAUUCAUGUGAAUGUCCGUUAGGAUUUAUGGGAAUCUUAUGCUCUGAACAGGCGACCCUUCCUCCAGUAUCACUAUGUGCACAAGGUGUUUGCAAGAACGGUGGUUCCUGCAUCCAACAAGAAAACCAAGAAAGAUGUGUUUGUGUACCAGGUUUUACUGGACCUCAUUGCCAGGUUAUCUUGAGAGGCCCCUGUUUUCCAUCUCCCUGUUUGAAUGGAGUCUGUGUUCCUGGAGAAGACAAUACCACGGAAUCACGCAGAUGCAUCUGCAGUGAUAAAUUCCUCGGCGAGUUUUGUGAUGUUGAUCCAGUGAGGGACAUUUAUUCCAUUACGAUAGCUGAACACACCAAACCAUCUGCUGAUCUUCAAGCACACUUCUCCAAACUUCUCAAAUCAAGUCUGGACAUUCGAGAUCCUGAGAGUCUUCAGAUUGUCUUCCAGAAAGCUCAGUACGGGGAAUCACAACUUACCGGUCUUGCUUAUACAGCUAUCGAGUUCUACGCACGCGCAGAUAAUAAUGUGCUGACAAGAUCACAACUCACCUCUGCGAUUAAUUCUCGCUCAAACCAGGAAAUUGGUGCGAUUCUCAAGCCCUAUAGGUUAUUCAUCGAAACUCCACUGGCACACGUCACAUCGAAAGAAAAUCAGCAAUGGAUGUCAAAGAACUGGUUUGUCUUCUGCAUCAUUGCUCUGCUUAUUCUUAUAGCACUGAUCCUGUUCGCAUAUCUUUACAAGAAAAGGAGAAAACAAUCAGAAGCCUACGAGCAUACAGAGUUGGAUCGCGAAGUCACACGGUUCAUCAACCCAGCGUUCGGUUCACCCCCAAAUAACGUGCCACCCAGAGUAGAGGGCGCUCUACCGGUGACAGAAGCAACAGAGAGUUUUGCUUCGUGGGAAGCCAACUUUUCAAAUGCAAACAUGGGCACAUUCAAAGGUCCUCCUGAAUCGGAUUCCGAGCUAUGAUCGAAUUGAUUAAUUGAACAAAACCUUUAAUACUCUCAUAUAACUCUAUUCAGUGAAAAAUUUCGGAUAAAGUUUCAAAGUGAAAACCAAAAUAGAAAUGGAGAAAGGACUGGGAGUUUUACCGGGGAGUGAGGGAGGAACCUAGUCUGCUGGGCAAACCCUUCACUCGAGUUAAGGGUCUGAAUGUGCAGCCUACUCAUGCCUUGUGUACUGAAGGCCCUCUCGUUCAGGAACAGCAAGUUGUGUAUGUGCUAGUCUUUGCGUGGAGGCACAUUUGUUAAUCAAAGUCCCAAUCAGGGUCUGCGCUGCAGACUAGGAGGAACCUUCCCCCUGAAACGACCGAUGAACAUCAUUGCUGUCAACAAACCUUAGGCAGGAUUGAAUUGAUGCGAUGAAAACAUUUCUUCUGAAGAUGAAAAUGGGGAAUAUUUAAAAAAGGAAUGGACAAAUGAAACAUCUUAUAGAUACUACCGCAUGACUUAUACUAUAUAGAUUAACGUGUAUUGAGAGGGGCGCAUUGCAUUCCUCUUUCCUCAAUCAAAAUAUACA